GUCACCGGAAGCUGAGCUGUCAGCUUUGUUUUGGCAGCUGCUGGUCACGUGACGCCUUGUCGUCAGAUGUAGAGCAGCAACAUGGCGGAGCUGCUAAAGGUGAUAUUUGAGCAUGAUGGGAUCUUCCUCCAUCCGAGCCCAGAUGAUGGAGGCCUGGACCAGGAUCUGCUGGUUUCAGGAUCCCUUCGGAUCCUGGAGAAGGAUGCAGAGAUCCUGGUCGAAUACCGGCCUCUGGAGGACAGCGUUGACCCGUCCAAUAUGUUGUGUGCUGGACAGGACUCCAGUUCGGUGGUGGAGUGGGCCCAGUGUCCCAGGGAGAAGUCCCAGUCCCGGCAGCAGCUGGAGACGCAGCAGAGCUAUGAGACAGAGUGGGACAUGGUGAACGCCGUGUCCUUCAGGAAGAGGAAUUACACCAAUGGAGAGGGCUCUCUGAAUCACAGCAACGAGCGGAGCCGCUGGGCUUUCACUGUGAACAUCAGCGACCUCAGCUCCAUUAAGGUGAAGGAGGAAGGUUGGACCUUCCUCAUCCUCCAGUUGAAGGACUCCUCCAGCUUGCUCCCGUCGCUGCACUUCCACCAGGGCGGCAGCAGAGAGUUCCUGGACAGCCUGAGGAGGUUCGCUCUGCUGACAGAGUGUCCUGAGGAUGAAUCGUGUCUACUGGUCAGCACCCCAAACAAAGCUCUGUCCCAGUCCUUCGAGAACCUGAUGGACGACAACAGCUUCGGCCUCAUUCAUAAGUUUAAGCGGGACCCGUAUGUGACGACGCUGGGCAGCUUCUCCAAAGUCACCAACUACAUCUACGAUGCUCUAAGGGGGACAGAGGAGCAGCAGCAGCGCCCCCCUGAGGAGGUGGCAGACCUUCUGGGUGAAGUCAUUCCAGGUCUGGAGAUCAACCAGCAGGAGGAGCCGGGCUUCGAGGUCAUCACCAGGAUCGACCUCGGGUUGAGGCCUCAGGUGACCCGGGCGGAGCCGCUGUCCGCAGACGAAUGGAGUAAACACCAGGAUCCCGAGGGCAGGAUGGAGGAUGAGGCCACACUCAGACAGAGGAUCUUUAAAGGGGGUCUGUGUCACGCUAUCAGGAAAGAAGCCUGGAAGUUCCUGCUGGGAUAUUAUCCGUGGAGCAGCACCUUGGAGGAGAGGAAGGCUCUGCAGAGGGCCAAAACGGAUGAAUACUUCCGGAUGAAGCUGCAGUGGAAAUCCAUCAGUGAGGAGCAGGAGAGGAGGAACUCCAGACUGAGAGACAACAGGAGUCUGAUCGAGAAAGACGUGAACCGAACGGACCGAACGAAUCGGUUCUACGAAGGUCCGAACAACCCCACCCUGACUGUGCUUCAUGACAACCUGAUGACCUACUGCAUGUACGACUUCGACCUGGGGUACGUUCAGGGGAUGAGCGACCUGCUGUCACCGAUCCUUUACGUUAUGGAGAACGAAGUUGACGCUUUCUGGUGUUUCGUCUCCUUUAUGGACCAUAUGCAUCAGAACUUUGAGGAACAGAUGCAGGGUAUGAAGACACAGCUGAUCCAGCUCAGCACGCUGCUCAGACUGCUGGACCUGGCGUUCUGGAACUACCUCGAGUCCCAGGACUCCGGCUAUCUCUACUUCUGCUUCCGCUGGCUGCUGAUCCGCUUUAAGAGGGAACUGAGCUUCCACGACGUCCUGCGGCUCUGGGAGGUCAUGUGGACCGGGCUGCCCUGUCAGAACUUCCAUCUGCUGGUCUGCUGCGCCAUCCUGGACUCUGAGAAGCAGAAGAUCAUGGAGGAAAACUACGGCUUCAAUGAGAUUCUGAAGCACAUCAACGAGCUCUCCAUGAAGCUCAACAUUGAAGAGAUCCUGCAGAAAGCUGAAGGCAUCUACCAUCAGAUCCGCAGCUGCAAGGACCUUCCUCACUCCAUCAGCACCAUCCUGGGCUUCGACACAGAGCGCCGAGUUUCACACAACUCAGAUUGCGGAUCCGCUUCACGGCCCGUUCAGCAGCAGGACGUCAGUUCUAACGGACACUACCGGGAAAACAGACCCCAGAACAGCUCCAGAGGGGUCUUCACUUCGUAGUUAACGCAUAGACUGACUGUAGGUCAGCAGGGGGCGCUGUGUAGCUCCAAGGUGGAUGGAGAAGGAUGUACAAAGGAUCGCAGAUUAUUAAGAACCUUAUUUUUCUAACUUCUUCUUCUUUCUAACGUCUCUCUGCUCCUGAUGUUUUCUAAGAUCCUGACCUGCAGGACAGACAGGAGCAGGUGGGGACUCACCUGGACUCUCACAUAUGUGCCACUCGCGUGUUUCCCAAGUCAGAACUCGCCUGCUGAUCUGACACUGCCGGAGAAUAUAUUCGUCUUGCAAACAGCAACUAAUCAGUAUUUCUAUUAUCGACGCAUCAGCUGAUUUUUAUUUUUUUUUUUCAUUUGUUUCUCUUUUGUUUUUUUCAUCUUUAAAGUGUAAAAGCCCAAAGUGACUUGCUGAAACCGCUCAGCCUGUCCCAAAUUGAAGUGUAUUACCUUCCUUCAUUAAAAAAGCUGCCAAUGCCCUUUUUGGUCUCAUAUUAACAGCUUCAUCACAUAUGUCUCUCUUAAUAAAGCUACCAAAGAUGACUGAA